AUGGGUGUUCGCUCACAAGAGGAGGAAGAGGUCGUGCAGGAGGAAGAGUUGCAGGAGGAGGACCAAGAAGUUAUUGAGACUUGGACAAGGACACUCAAAGCGUGUACCUGUGACUGUGAAGCCGCUGAUUCACCAACAGGUAUUCCUACUGUCAUCACUCCUGACCUGUCAACUGCGCCAGUUCCCCUUCCACCACAGGGUCGCCCGCUGGACUGCAUGCCAGAAUGCCCCUAUCACAGACCGCUGGGCUUUGAGUCUGGCUCCGUGACAUCAGACCAGAUCAGCUGCUCCAAUGACGAUCAGUACACUGGCUGGUACUCUUCCUGGAUCCCCAACAAAGCCCGCCUCAACAACCAAGGCUUUGGGUGCGCGUGGCUUUCCAAGUUCAAUGACAACUACCAGUGGAUCCAGAUUGACCUGAAGGAGGUGGGUGUGGUGUCUGGCAUCCUCACUCAAGGUCGCUGUGAUGCUGAUGAGUGGAUUACUAAAUACAGCAUCCAGUACCGCACCGUUGAAACCCUGAACUGGAUCUAUUACAAGGACCAGACGGGCAACAACAGGGUGUUCUACGGAAACUCUGACCGCUCCUCUACGGUUCAGAACCUGCUGCGCCCGCCCAUCGUGGCUCGCUACAUCCGGCUCCUCCCACUGGGCUGGCACACACGCAUCGCUACGAGAAUGGAGCUGCUGAUGUGCAUGAACAAGUGCAUGAGCUGAAGUGUACCCGGGCGCCUUGGGCUGCGUUGCCCACUGUCCCCCCCCCCCCAACUCCCAGUCACUUGCCAAAGGGGGGAGAACAGUUCAGUACUGUAGCACUGCUAACAUGA